AUGAUCGAUUAAGAAAGUUUGCUAGCCGAAUUAGGAUUGUUAGAUGACAGAAAAUUAUUGCUAGAGUUAACUAUUUAACUUGGAUAGAAUGAACAUGAUAUCAUAUAUCUAUAUGAUGGGGAUGAUAUUGAACUUAAGGCUAGUUAAUUUUGUGAAAAACAUCAUCUAAAAGAUGAAAUAAAAGAGAUUAUUGCUCAAAAUAUUAAAAUACAUCUAAAUGAGAAAGAAAAUUAUUUUAGUUUCGUAAAUUAAUCCAAUUAGAUAAGCAAUACAAAUACUAAUAAACCUUUAUAAGAUUAAACAAAUAAUUAGAUUAAAGAUGUUAAAUAAGAAAAGAAAGAAAUUAAGAAUGAAAUAAUAAACAAAUCAUAGGCUGUUAUUAAAAAAACUGAUAUUUAUGAAAAACAAGUAAAGUAAAUGAAUUACAAAAAUAAUAUACUUUAAAAAUAAAGACUUCUUAAAGAAGAAGAAUAAAUUAAAGAAGCAACAUUCAAACCAAGACUUAAUUAAAAUACAUUAAAAAUUAUAAGUACAACAAGAUAAAAUAGAAAUAAAACUCCAGAAUAUUAUUUAUUGAAAUAUGGAUAAUAAUUAUAAGAAUAAAAAAGAAAAGCAGAAUAAUAAUUUUUAAAUGAAACUUCAAGAGAAUGUUCUUUUAGACCUGAAAUUAAUAAAAUGUAAUUUUAGUUCUUUAUAUAGAUCCCAGAGAAUUUGUGAUGAAAUUAUCAAAACAGAUGUGAGUAUGACUAAAUUUGAUUAACUAUAUAAUUAAGCUAAAAAAAGAAAAGCUAAUGAUAAAUCUUAAACAUCUAUUAUAUAAGAAUCAUAAACCUAAUAAACUAGAAGAAGUGUUACUCCAAAUAAAUCAUAAAAUAAAUAAUAUUUACCAUUUUUAGAAAGAAUGGAAAUGUAAAAAAAAAUUAAGGAAGAAAAAUUAAAAUAAGAAGUUGAAGAAUCUUUAAUGUAUGAUGAUAAAAGUGGAUAAAAACUAUUUCAACCAUAAGUACAUAGUGCAAAUAGAUCUAGAGGUGGACUUAGUAUUGGAGAGUAUUUAUAUUAAUAAUAAAAAUCUGUUAAUGAAGAAUCAAUAAUAUAAUUUGAAUGUGAUGAUUUAAGUAAAUCACUAUAAACUGAUAGAUCUAAUUAAAUAGUUUUAUAAAUGAGAAAAAAAAAAUUAGAAGAAUAUUUUAAAAUUAUGGAUUCUGAUAAUGAUGGAUUGAUUAGUGCUUAAAAUAUUUAUCUUGAAGAAUUACCAACAGAAGCAUUAGAAUUAUUAUAACCAGUUAUAUUAUAAUUAGAAAAAUUGGAUAUAUAUUUGAAUAUUGAUACAUGGACAGCAAAAUGUUUAGAUAUCAUUGAAAAAAUGAGUGUUUUUGAUAAAAAUCGUCUAUUUUUAAAAUAACCUAAAUAAUAAAAGACUUAACCUGAUUAAUCUAGUACUUUUAGACCUUAGUUAAAUUAAAAAUCAGAGAUUAUUGCAAAAUAAAGAUAAACUUUUAAAGGGCCAGCAGCCUUAUAUCAAAAGGCAAUGAAGGAAAAUAUAGUUAAAGAACAAAAAAUCAAGUAGAUUAAAGAAUAACAAGAAUAAAAAGAGGCUAAACAAUGUACAUUUUAACCAAAAAUUAAAUUAUUUAAUAGGUCUACAACUAGCACAGGAUUUUAUUGA